AUGGCUUUACCAAAAAGGAUUUAUCUAGAAAGAUUUAUUUGGGCUGCUGUUUGCUUAAUUUCCAUUACUACUGCUGUAGCUUUACUCUCAUUAGCUUGGGUGCAUUUUCAAAAAGAUCCAGUGGUGACUGUGACAGAUUCAGUCCACCAAGCAGUGUGGCAUUAUUAUUACCCGAGUGCCACUAUUUGCGAUAUUAAUUUGAUUUCGAAACAAGAUGCUGUCCGUUUGGCAAAAAAACUGAAAAGCUCGCCGGACGAUAAAUUUAUCAGUAACAUGAAAUUUCUAAUGUACCUUUUCGCCUACAAAUUUUACAAAAUCGAACAACUACCGGACUUAUUAGAACUUCAAGAUUUACUGGAUAAAAAAAACAUUUCCGUCGAUUCGAUAGUAUCCACGAUGUACUCCGGAUGCAAUAUGUUAAAAGUAUGCAAAUGGAAAGGAGAGCAGAAAAAAUGCAAAAGUAUUUUUGAAGUAACAAGAACUACUAAUGGGUUGUGUUGCAGUUUUAAUUACUAUGCCACAAGAAAUAGUUUAUUCGAAGGAUAUAACGCUAAUAGAGCUUCGAGCGAGCCCAGUAGAGUAUCAGCUUGUGGAUACCAAACGGGAUUGGAAUUACUAAUGGUUAACGAACCAAGAGAUUAUAUAACUUCUAUUAUUCCAACCAGAGGAUUACAAGCGAUGAUACACAGUCCAUACGAUUAUCCAGACUGGAAUUCGAGAUUUACUCUUAUUCAAAAUAAAAUGAUUAAUUUCGUGUCGAUUGACCCUACAAAAACUUAUUGUUCGCCUAGAGUAACCAAUUUACCAGUCGAGAGGAGAACUUGCUACUUUCAUUUCGAGAAAAAAAUGUACUAUUUUAACAGGUAUUCGUUUCACAAUUGCAUGGUAGAAUGCCGAAUGAAUUUGACUUUAAAGUUAUGCAAUUGCGUUCCGUUUUAUUUCAUACCGAUACACGAAGUCAACCAUCAAUUAGGAAGGACGUGUAAUCUUCGGGAUGUGCCCUGCUUAGCCAGAAACUUUAAAAAAAUACAUAAAUCUGAGCCUAGGGAUAGUGAAACCAAUCGAAAGGAAUGUAAUUGUUUGCCGGACUGUGAGUUAGUGCAAUAUAAAAUUGAAAAUACAGUGGCGGUUCUCGGCAGAAGCUAUUCGAUGAAUCACGCAACUCUUUAUGCUGGUGUUAAUAUUACAAAUCAGCAUUCAGUAGUUCGAAUAUUUUUUAAUGAUCUUGUUGGAACGACUAAUAGAAGGGAUGUUCGAAUCAAUUGGGAUGCUUCUUUAGCAUUUUCCGGAGGAUUACUUGGACUCUUCACGGGAUUCAGUUUUAUUUCCGUGUUGGAACUAAUUUAUUUUUUUACAAUUCGACCUAUUACCACUUUAUUUAAGAGGAAUUCAAACAAAGUUUCGAAAUUAUCCAAUGAACGAAGAUUACAUUGAUGCAAAAAUAUUUCGUUGCUUGCCUGCAGUGCGCAACUUAUUGCACUUUUCUUUUGUGGUGUCAUUCACAAAUCUAA